AUGUAUAUAACAUUUUUAACAAUAAUUAUAGCUAACGGGGUCCAAUCUCAAGGCUUUAAAGGACCAAAUAUUCUCUAUACAACAGCUCAACGUAUUGCAGGCUAUAACUAUCCCGUGGAAUCUCAUGAAGUGGUGACAUCAGAUGGCUAUAUUCUUACCAUGUUUCGAAUUCCAUAUUCUCCGAAAGAACAUAAAAACGAUACCUAUUCCCGUCCGGUAUUUUUGCUUCAACAUGGAUUGUCAACUUCUUCAGAUUCAUUCAUUUUGAACGGUCCUGACAAUGCCUUGGCAUAUCUUCUCGCUGAUGCCGGCUAUGACGUUUGGAUGGGAAAUCAUCGUGGUAAUGUUUAUAGCAGAAAACAUGUCAAACUUUCACCCGAAAAGUCAAAAUUCUGGCAAUUUACUUGGCAUGAAUUGGGAAUAUUAGAUAUGCCAGCGAUGAUAGAUUACGUUCUGGCAAUGACCAAUCAGGAAAAAUUGCAUUUUGUCGGACAUUCUCAAGGAACGACGGUAUUUUUCGUUCUUCUUUCCGAACUUCCGGAAUAUAACUCAAAAUUCAAGACAACUUAUAUGUUGGCACCAAUUGCAUUUGUUGGAAAUGUCCAAAGUUUAAUCGGCAUAACUGCAGCAACAAUUAUUACACAAUCACCAAUUUUAAGCCAUUUUCUUGAGGGUCAUGAAUUCAUUCCGAUGAUUGUACCAGUUUCGAUUUUUACUUCUGAAUUAUGUGCCGUAGGAUCAUGGUUUCAAUGGAUUUGUGCUGAUGUAUUUUUCAUUAUUGGUGGAUGGGAUUCAAAACAUUUGAACUACACUCUAAUACCAGAUGCAUAUGAAACUCAUCCAGCUGGAUGUUCAACAGGUCAAGAAAUUCACUAUUUACAAGAACUGAAAUCGGGAUAUUUUAGAAAAUUUGAUCAUGGUAGAGUGAAAAAUCUUAAAGUCUAUGGUCAAGCUACUCCACCAAAUUAUAAUGAAUCAAAUAUUGUUGCUCCAGUACGAUUUUAUCAUGGAGACAAUGAUAAAUUGGCGCCAUUAGUUGAUGUUAAGAGAAUGGAAAAAUUGCUUCCGAAUUUAGUCGAGAGUUAUGAUGUUCCUGUGAAAGAAUGGACUCAUAUUGAUUUUAUAUUUGCUUUAGAUGUUAAGGAACUUAUUAAUGAUAAGAUUAUAAGAACUGCAAAUCACUAUGAGAAAACUGGAGAACAACUUAAAUAAAUUCUAAUUUGAGCCAGGUUAAGAAGUUAUAUAGGUUAAUAUUUCAACGUAAAUACAAUCUGUACAAAUUUUCA